AUGUUUGGUGUUGGCCACGUGCGGUCUAGUUUUAUUCCUCAUUACCAGGUUAUUCAAUUACAUGCGUAUAACAUAAACCCCAAGUUUUAUUCAAUUAAAUGUUACAUUUAUGUCUACAAGCAGUCUUGCAAAAGUCCCAAACUAAAAGAUUGCAAUACAAUAUUGGCCAACAGAACCCGAUCGUAUGCUUUUGCCUUAAACUUUCGUGAUAAAAAUGGCUGCAAUCCAGCCGGCCGUGCUGAUAUUGGGUUAAUGACUGUAAUGACAGCAAUUAUCAUGGGUUUUGUAAUAAGUCGUGUGUGGCAGUAA